AUGGUGGACAACACGAUUGCAGCACUUUUUUCUUCCUUUGAACAGAAGUUCAACUGUUUAAUUUGCUGGGCACCAAGUCUCAGGAUGAUUUACGGAUCUUGUCAGCAUCGUUUGUGCGAAAAUUGCUUAUAUGACAACGAGGGAAAGAGAAGAUUAGGGCUUGAAAGAUGCCCGACAUGUCAAAGAGAAAAUGUCUUCCCUUCUACGCGACCGGAUGUGCCUGAGGACAACAUCGAAAUACAAGUUCAUCUUGGCGUAAGACGGUGCCCUCAUAAUGGUUGUAAGCUCCAAAUGUGGCACUGGGAAUUGCAAAACCAUUUAGAGUAAGUACAGUAAAGAGUAAAAAGUGAUGUUUGAAGGUUUUAACACGCGAACGAUUUUAAUAAAAGCUGCAUGGUUGGAACCUGAAGAGAAGCUACAGCUCCUGAAGUCGAUUAUUAAUUUUAAUCGUGGAAAAUGUUGUAGAAAACGUUUUAAGAAAGCACGUAGUGAUUGCAUCGUAAAAUAAACAUACAUAAAUGAACGAAAAUCAACUCAGUAGCUUCGAUUUAUAAGCUUGUUUUGUUUUUUACUGUAGAUGACUGAGUGACUUAGCACAUGGGGUGUUGCGAAAACCCCGUGUACAGUCACAGGUGUCCCAAACUCAUGUUACGAGUGUGUUAUGUAAAUUACUUUCGCACUAGAGAGUUGGUGUCGCGUUACAAACGACCGUUGAGACUUUGUAUGAGUAAUAAAAUACUGAGGUCUGCGAACGCUAAAUAUCAUUAUUACUUUUGGAGAAACUGCAGAAUACCCUGGAUAUGUGGAUUAGCAGUUAUCCCUCUUAUGCGCUUUUCUGGCUUCACUAAAACGAUGAAUUCAUCCCACAAACACAGGAAUAUAUCAAAAGUAAGUCUCCUUUAUUUAUUUUGUAGAAAAACAGUAAAAAUAAUGAUAUUUAGCAUCCGCACACCUCAGUAUUUUAUUUUUCAUUAUUACAAACUCUCAAAGGUCGUUUGUAAUGCGACACCGGCUCUCUUGUGACAAAGUAAACUUUACUUUUUUUUGCAUUGAAGGAUAUGCAGAUUUGUUACCAAGUCACUAGACAGAACAAAAAAGGUCAAGAGGAAAAGCUUGUAUGAUUCAGAAGUAAACAAACCCAUGACACUGAGAAGUGGAAAAAGACGCUCACUUGAACUUACACAUAACAAAUCAAUGGAAGAGAGGGAGACCAUGUACAAAUUGCGGCCAAGGAAAAGAAAGACUGUAACAAACUAG